AGCGGCUUUGAGACCUGGCAGUGUUUACAAAGCAUACGAGACAAUGGCUAUUAUCAAGUCACAUUGAAAUUGACCCGCGGCUUGAUUAAGGAUUCCCUCCCCCCCCCCUUUUUUAAAUCAGAUGGUCAAAAAUAAACCGUUGAUUGACAAUUUCCCUUGAGGGAGGUACCAUUUCAAACCCGCAAUUCAAGAUUUCACCCACUUCAUUUCAAGGUGGUAUCGUUCGUACACACAUCAGGUUGGAAAACGCGCUCCUGCAGAAUGGGUUUGCAAUGAGUUUUCUUUCCCAGUAAAACUAUUUCGAACCGCGCAUUGCGAAAAGAAUUCAAAGUGGACGCCUACGAAAGGGGUUCUUUCACACCAGUGCAGAGAUGAUUCAAAGGCGUGAGGUUGUGCAGUCUGUGCUGAGGGAGCUGCAGGAUGCUACAGAAUGCGUUGGUUUGGGAAGGCUGGUCAGGGCUGCCCUGGUGGUGGAACAUGCCCUGUCCAGUUUUCUCCUGCCUGGCACCUGUAAUGAAGGCCAUCCAGCAGGUGCAGACAUCGACUCAACAGCUAGAUGCCUUUACCCACAAGACGCUCCUGCCCACAUGGUCCCGCUGGCUUGCAAAGGAGAUGGAAAUCUUCUGUUCGAUGCCGCCAGCAUGCUCCUUGUUGGGAACACUAGCCUGAGCUUGGAGCUUCAAGUCAGGACGGUGGUGGAGUUGCUGCUUCGCAAGCGGUACUACCUCCACGGGAUGAUCGACUCCAAAGUCAUGCUGCAGGCAGCCAGGUUUUCCCUGUGUACAGAGGAGUCGGCAGAGCAGAUGAACUUGUCCAUGGCGGUGUUGGAGGCUAUCUUUGAUGCUGACGUGAAAGCCACUUGCUUCCCUGGAACGUUUGCCAAUAUGUGGCACGUCUACGCCCUCGCGUCUGUCAUUCAGUGCAACAUCUACUCCAUUUACCCCAUGCGCAACCUGAAGAUCCGCCCGUACUUCAAUCGACUCAUUCGCCCGAGGACGUGGCCGCAGGGCUCUGAACUGAUGACGCUCCAUAUCAUGUGGUCAGGUGAACUGGAGUCUGAGUCUGUCUUCAAACCUCAGCACUUUGUGCCGGUCAUGCGAACCAAGGAUGCUCAGAUGGGGAGCCCCGAUGAUGAACAUCAUGCCCUCCCUUUAAAGACUUUGGAACUCUUGAACCAGGAUCCCCAGCUCUCGUACUCCAGCCUCAAAGACCGGUACAACAUCACAAAGAGUACUUUCUAUCGGUGGAAGAGGCAGACCCAGGAGCACAGAAAGAAAGCCGCAGCGAGGUACGAGGCCAAGCACUUCCUCCAGAUGUGCUUUGCAGAGGGCAAGCUGUUGCCUCUUAAUCAGUUUAAGGAAUUCUUUCCUGAAAUCUCCAGGUCAACUUACUAUGCUUGGAAGCAUGAGCUGCUCCAGGCAGGCAGUGGUGGUGAUACCUUCAUGAUCACAAAGAAGCAGGAAGUAGGAGGCAAUGGAGAUGUUUUGGAGCAGGAAGGUUGGUCGCCUCCAGAAAGACAUCUUCAGAAUUAUUACGGGAGCGUACCAGUCGCCAACGUCCCGAUCAGCCCCAACAAUGAGAGGCUGGUUGGUGAUCGAGCCCAGAACUUUGCUUUCAUGCAGGAAGCCAAAAAGUGCUUGCAGAACUGUAUUGCAACAAACGCCCUACUUCCAUACAGGAACUUUAAAAAAAGUUUUCCUGGGAUUUCUAGGUCAACCUACUACAACUGGAGGAGAGAAGCCAUAAUGGCCAACCCCGGUUUUAAAGACGCCUUUGGCAUCAGUGAGGAUAGCUUGGACGCAGAGAGAAGCCCUCUUGCAGAGGCACAGUGUCCAGUAAAAAUGGAAGCCCUUGUGCGUUUUGCUAAGGUGACCCGUGGUGAAAGGCAUAAAAAAAGUUUCUACUCCUCUUUUGAGAGACGGAAAAAGCUCAGAGAAGAGGCCAAGAGGUGGGUUCAGAAGUGGGGACUGGCCUUCUCCCAUUUCAAAGUCAAGUACCCUACGAUUUCUUCGUCCUCCUUUUGGUUUUGGAAGAAAACCGUUGCGGUUAAGGAAGCGGAGAAAGCCUUUAACUGGGAUGCAGACUGGUCCAAAUCUUCAGUUUCUACUCGCCCGGUUCUCAGCGAGCAAACCACGCUGGAGAGUGAGCUUGUGCCGUCGUUUGAGCAGAGUAACGAACAUUUGGACAAGAGGCCCUUCAGUCCCUACAAUGCAACGAUCUCGGCGUACACAGUUUCUGAUAAGAGUAUGGAUGACCAGGUCUUUGUCAUGGAUGUUGUAGCCCUUGCAAACUUUAAGGCCAAGGCUAAGCUCUUCCUGCAGCAACGCUUUGAAGAAAAAUCCUUCCCCACAUUCAAGGAGUUCAGGUCCUAUUUCCCCCUCACGCCACGCUCCACCUAUUACAUGUGGAAAAGGGCUCUGCAUCACGGCCUCACGUUAGUACAUGGAUGACUUUUUUUGGGGGGGGGGGAGGUGGCGGGGACAAAUAAUUAACUAAAGUAACAGCAACAGGCUAAAAACUGAAGUCCAGGUUUUCUUUAGCUUGUAAAUCCAUUUUAUUUUCAUGUAAAUGGUUUACCUUGCUAAAUUGUUUUCCAAGCUUUUAAACCAAUUAUUCAGUGUCUGCUUACAAAUGGGUUUUCAUGCUUUUUCUGUUCAGGAAUACUGUAUGUGAAGUGGCACAGGGACACUUUUUCAUCUCCUUGGUUUAAUCAGAUCAUUGCAUUGAGCUCUUGGAUUUGAACACACAACCCCUCACUUGCUUGUUUAUUAUUAUUAUUAUUAUUAUUAUUAUUAUUGUUUAUUUAGCAGACGCCUUUAUUCAAGGUGACUUACAGAGACUAGGGUGUGUGAACUAUGCAUCAGCUGCAGUCACGUAUAACAACUGUUUGGAUCAGUAUUUCAAUUUAAAUAUCCUCUGAAUAGUUCUUUGGGCAAACCCAUACUGUAUAUAAUGUCUUGUAAUUUUAUUUUCAGUGCUUUGGUACCUUUGAGUCGUAGGGGACUUUUUUCCCCCAAAAAAACAAUUAGUUAAUUAUUGUUAUGAGUUUUUUGUGUAAAGAUCUUUCUGCACGGUUUGAUGGUAUAUACAGAUAUAUAUUUUUUAGAUGCAGCCUAUGUAUGUGAAAAUGUAGAACAAUGCCUCAUUUUAAGCGGCACAAAAACCACCACUGAUGUGACAAGGUGUGUGUUAGUUUUCUGUUUGGGGUGGAGGAGGGUGUAAUCAAAUGCAUUCCAAACCGUUUUGAAAUCCACUGAAGGCGGGGGUCACUAAUUAUGUUUAGAAAAAUGAUCACUUUAAUUUGUUCAGAGGCAGUCUACACUGAAUACUGAUUGCAGCUGUGUCCCACAGUAAUCCACAUGUUUAUGGCCACAAUAUUACACAACUGGCUCAGGUUAAUGUGCCAAUGUAUGUUUUUUGGUGAGGUGGUCAACUGACAAUUAAUGUCUUUGUGGUUUUGUGUAUUUAUAUGAGAAAUUGGAGCUGUCUGAUUUUCUGACCGAAAAGCAUGACUAUAAUAAAUCUUAGUAAAUGAA